AUGUCGUCGGCCGUCGAUAGAGGAAGAACUUUCGAAUUAGAAAUCGUUGUAAAGUUGAGAGAAGUUGAGAUUGAAUGCAUGCAUACAGGCGGCCGAGGUGAUGGUGGUGUUGAUAUACGUGGGCGUAUCGCUGGGAUCCCUUACGUGAUCCAAUGCAAGAAUUGGAGGCAUCCCGACACUAUCCGAAAUUUAGAAGGGGUGCUCACCCGACAACCAAGCGGGACUAUCGGUGUCGUGGUGGCCCCUCUCAAAGGCAGAUUCACGCCUGGUGUGAUUGAGACAUCUAGAACUUCGGUAUAUGAUAUUAUCCUCACGGAUAAGGCGAAUAUUUGUAAAGAUCUUAUAGACAUUGUCGCUGUUUGUCUCAGUAGGUUUUCGCGAUGCCAAAUGGAUGUCGGUCAGAAAUCAAAACAAAAUCGUGCCCCGUCGCCUCAAGCGGCGAAGCGAUCUUAUACGUAUGAUGCCAUUUUGCGAUUAAACAUUGACGAAAAUUGUUUAAUUGAUUUGCAAAGAUCGCAGGAUGAUAUAAUAUCUAAUAUCGGACAGAUUUUGGAAAAGGAAAAAAGCAAGCUUGUAUUGCAAAGAGAGAAAAGCUCAAGUUCGUUGCGACUUUCUCGGUAUCAUGCUGAAAUUGCAGACAAAAGUAAAGCUCUUGAAGAAGUACGAAAUAAUUUAUACACAAAGUUCAAAUAUAACAAUCAUGAAGAUCGCCGACGUAUAACCUCUUUGCGUGAAAAUAUUCGUUCUCGGCGGGCUGCUUUGGAGGAAGCGAAAAAGCGUUAUCAAACUGGGAAUGAAUAUUUGGAGGAAAGCCAAAAGAUUUUGGAACGAGAUCGCGAAUCCCUGUCCUCGACAACUUCCAAACUUUGUGUUCGUCAGAGGGAACUUGUCGCAGACUUGCUCACUAUAUAUCCUAUAGAUCCUAUAGAUGCAAAAACAUUCUCUUUUAAAAUUCUCGAUGUACCAUUACCAAAUUCAGUAUUCACCGGUUGUGAUGACGAACAAGUUGCUACGGCGUUGGGGUUUACUUGUCAUCUCACAUAUAUGCUCGCGUAUUAUCUCGGUGUUCCAAUAAGAUUUCCGAUGAUACCUAUGUCCUCAAGAUCGACAAUACGUGAUCCAAUAUCUGCUUCCUUAGGAGAUUCAAGACAAUUUCCUUUACAUGCCAAAGGAGUUGAUCGUUAUCGGUUUGAGUAUGCAGUCUUUUUACUCAACAAAAAUAUCGAACAGUAUCUUAUCCUCAGUUUGUCUUCAGGUCAAAGUUCACAUUUACGUAAAAUUAUUCCACAUAAUUGUGUUAUGCCUCGUAAUAUAAAUAACGCAAUUGCAAGCACAAGUAACAUGGAUCAUGUAUUGGAAGAAGGGGAGAGAGAAGAACAUUUACAUUCUUUUUCAAAAUCACCUAAUACUUCAAAUUCCAUUAUAUCUAUUGACUCCUCAAAGAGAUCAAGGAAUGUUAUUAAUACACUACAAAAGAGUACUAUCGAAUCACAUCGAAAAAACUCUCAAGGAUUUGAAUUAGGAGUAACAUAA